AUGCGUUUUAAUACUUCUUCAAAUACUAAUUCAUAUACUCAUUUAACAAUGACAAGUAUAUCCAAAGAGAAGAUAGAUAAUUUGAUUCUCAACUAUUUCAUUCAGGAGGGCUAUCAAGAGGCGGCUAUAAGUUUUUCCAAAGAGCUUAACAUUGAUAUAACUAAAACUUCAACCCACUACCAUCAUGAUGGAAGGGCUCGCUUAUUCUCCAGUAGUUUGGGAUCCAUCAAUUCUUUGAACGGCCAGGAGUUUUCCAAUUUAGUUGAGGAUUAUUUCGAUCAGCCUGAUGUCGCUACCAAUUCCAGAAAUCAAGCCAGUCAUCGCGAGAACACCAACUCCAAGCUUGUUUCUGCGUAUUCUACUAUCAAUCAGAGAAAGGAGAUUAAGUUGUUAAUAUUGAAGGGUUCGAUUACUGAAGCUAUCAAGAAGAUCAGUGAGUACUUUCCUUCUAUUUUAGAUUCGAACAACUUAUUGCACUUUAAAUUGUUAAGAUCAAACUUGAUAGAAAUGAUACGGAAGCACAAGUUGAAUGCUGAUAUGGAUAAAGACGAAAAACAGUUUCUUGAUAGUAUUCUCACUUUUGUGAGAGAAAACUUGAUAAACAAAGUUUCUAACUCUUCAAAGUUACUUAAGGAAUUGGAAAUAACCAUGAGUUUAUUGUGUUUCAACUUUGACCCUAAUAUUAAGGACAUUGAGGAUCAGAAGGAUUUGCCUCUGGAAUUACGGUCUCUUUUCAAACUUUCGUUGAGAAACCAAUGCUACAGAUUAGUAAACAAGGCUAUCCUUAAUCUCAACGACUAUGACGAUGAUGAUGAUAAAUUUAUAGUUGGAGAUGUGGAUAAAGGUAGCAUUGAAAAACUGUACAAGGGACCUAAAUUUGUUGAGUUUGACUUGAGUAGUUUGGACAAAUAUGAGCCUACCGAAGGAGAUCAAUCUGAUAGAGACUUUGAAAUGUUCAAUGAUGAUGAGAUUGAAUACAGUAUGGACCACAGUAAGAGUUUGAGUCAGCUUAUUACUUCUGAAGAGGCGGAUGACUCAGUAAACGAAAAGGAAACAGUAGAAGACGAGUUGAAUAAACUACAGAGUUUAACUUUGGAGUCCAAAUUAGAGAGAAUCGUCAAGUUAUGGACCAUUACUGAACAGAGAUUAGUGGAUCUCAACAUCAUUAAGGAGAAGCGAUACACAUUGAAUGAUGAGUACUUGUAA